CACCCCCCCGACAUAAUAUUCUUUUUCCCACAGACGCACACAGCCGCCAACAUGGGAAACCAACCUUCUGCUAUACUCGACAACAUCGCCUCUGGCUCGAAUUUUGAUCGAGAUGAGGUUGACCGCCUGCGGAAGCGCUUCAUGAAGCUCGAUAAGGACAAUUCCGGUACCAUUGAGCGAGACGAAUUCCUUGCCCUCCCACAGAUCUCAUCGAACCCGCUAGCAACACGCAUGAUCGCCAUUUUCGACGAAGACGGUGGCGGCAGCGUCGAUUUCCAGGAGUUUGUGUCUGGACUGUCGGCGUUCAGCAGCAAGGGCAACAAGGAGGAGAAACUGAGGUUCGCUUUCCGGGUGUACGAUAUUGAUCGCGAUGGAUUUAUCAGCAACGGAGAGCUGUUCAUCGUGUUGAAGAUGAUGGUGGGAAGCAACUUGAAGGACCAACAGCUCCAGCAGAUUGUCGACAAGACCAUCAUGGAGGCCGACCUGGACCGCGACGGCAAGAUCAGCUUCGAGGAAUUCACGAAGAUGGUCGAGAACACGGACAUUUCGAUGAGCAUGACUCUCGACCAGUUCUAGGAGCAAAGACGGUCGGCUUUUGUUGCUGAAACGUUUCCCAUCCCCCGGGCGGGGUUUCCUCUCCCGCGAACAUCAAAGGCAUCAACUCGGUUUUCGGCGUGGAGUUUAGGGGUUUUUCUCUUUUGAAACAGGCUAUGAGAGGGUUGUAUCUUCAACAAAGGUACAUGAUAUCCAUCAGACGACAGGAUUUUUCGAACAUUAUUAUGGACGAUUCUAUGACGUACAGACACAGACGUAGGAAUUGAAGACCAGAGUACUGAUGUCAAACCCAGUACUCUCUUGCUUGCUGGUGCGAUUAAUGUACUCAUAAGGCUGUGACUGGUAUUGCCAUGAGCGUAUUGUACAAGUCAUCACUAGUCACUUCGUUGUCUUGUCUAGCCUUCUACCACGACGUAGUCAUCACAUCCGAGAAGCCAUGAAAGGUGCACAUGUACAUACUCUUCCAGUCCACCGAACAAUCUACAUCCAUAAUUG